CCGAGCUUCAGUUAACUAACGUUCGUUCGUUCCUCGUACUUUCCCGGCGACAUCUGAACACCACACAUAUCACCACCAAAAAUACCGUCAAUAUGCCCCCCAAGUUCGAUCCCAAUGAGGUCAAGGUGAUCCACCUUAGGGCCACUGGUGGUGAGGUCGGUGCUUCAUCAGCUCUGGCGCCCAAGAUCGGUCCUCUGGGUCUGUCGCCCAAGAAGGUCGGAGAAGAUAUCGCCAAGGCUACCGGCGACUGGAAGGGUCUCCGUGUCACCGUCAAGCUCACCAUCCAGAACCGUCAGGCCGCCGUCUCGGUCGUGCCCACCGCCUCGUCGCUCAUCAUCAGGGCUCUCAAGGAGCCCCCGCGUGACCGCAAGAAGGAGAAGAACAUCAAGCACAACAAGUCUGUCGCCCUCGACGAGAUCAUCGAGAUCGCCAGGACGAUGAAGUUCAAGUCUUUCUCUAAGGACCUCGCUGGUUGCGUUAAGGAGAUUCUCGGAACUGCCUACAGUGUCGGCUGCCAGGUUGACGGAAAGAGCCCGCGUGAGAUCACCGACGCCAUCGAUGCUGGCGAGAUUGACAUCCCCGAGGAGUAAACGAUAUGAUAUUGGGCGACUUGGUUUUUUUCUAGGGCAUCGGUUGGAGUUCGGGCUUGCUUUGGGACUGAAAUGUCCAGCCGCGGCAAACAAAAUGGGUUUCACGACGUUUCGGGUUUCUGAAAUAACGAAUGCUGAACAGAACAUGACCUGGUCCAGACAGGUUUCUGUGCCGUCUUCUCACCUGGUUCCUAGUGACUGUGAUUCCGCCUCUUGUUGACAAAUCCCCUUACCUGGCCUACACUCUGAAACAGCGAAAGCUCUCCCGUUGCUGUCUCAAUUUUGGUGCCUAGGAAGAUUGAUACCGGCUCGCCUACUCACCGUGACUUCUUGGCUACGGCAGUGGAAGUGAUGGUCCUUUUCAGCAGCCAACAAUUUCAUUCUCUGGACUUGGUUUUUUUUUUUUUUUUUUUUUUUUUUUUUUU